GUCCGCGCUCCCGCAGCGCCGGCGCAGCCCAGCGGGCGGCGGAGCAGCAGCAGGCCCAGGCCAGGCCCCGCCGGGCCCCGGCGCCGCCGCAAUGGUCGGCCGGGAGAAGGAGCUCAAGAUCCGCUUCGUGCCGGGCCGCUGCGAGCUGGUGGAGGAAGAUGUUGAUAUUCCCAGCAGGCGAGUUUUGAUUACUGGUGCUACGGGACUCCUUGGCAGAGCUGUGUUUAAAGAAUUCAAGGAAAACAAUUGGAAUGCAGUUGGCUGUGGAUACAGGAGGGCUCAGCCCAGAUUCGAACAGAUUAAUCUUCUGGAUUCUAUUGCAGUUCAUGACAUUAUUCAUGAUUUUCAGCCUCAUGUUAUAGUGCAUUGUGCUGCUGAGAGAAGGCCAGAUGUUGUAGAAAGUCAACCGGACGGUGCUUCUCAGCUCAAUGUGGCUGCUUCAGGGAACUUGGCUAAAGAGGCGGCUGGAGUUGGAGCGUUUCUGAUCUACAUUAGUACGGAUUAUGUAUUUGAUGGAACAAACCCUCCUUAUAAAGAGACCGAUGUACCAAACCCCUUGAAUUUAUAUGGUAAAACCAAACUGGAGGGUGAAAAGGCAGUCCUGGAAAAUAAUGAAGGUGCUGCAGUACUUAGGAUUCCUAUCUUAUAUGGAGAGGUAGAAAGACUGGAGGAAAGUGCUGUGACCGUUAUGUUUGAUAAAGUGCAGUUCAGUAAUAAAUCUGCCAACAUGGACCACUGGCAACAGAGGUUUCCUACUAAUGUCAAAGAUGUAGCAACUGUUUGCAGACAGCUAGCGGAGAAGAGAAUGCUGGACCCAUCAGUAAAAGGAACAUUUCAUUGGUCUGGUAAUGAACAGAUGACUAAGUAUGAAAUGGCAUGUGCAAUUGCAGAUGCCUUCAACCUUCCCAGCAGCCACUUGAGACCAAUUACUGAUUGUCCGGUUGUGGGUGCCCUUCGUCCAAGGAAUGCACAGCUAGACUGCUCCAAGUUGGAGAUGCUGGGGAUAGGUCAGAGAACACCAUUUCGAGCUGGGAUCAAAGAAUCACUUUGGCCUUUCCUUGUUGACAAGAGAUGGAGGCAGACAGUCUUCCAUUAGUUUGUAACUUUUUUUAGUAAAAGUAUGGUAUGUGGCACUUUUUUAAAAGAAGAAAUAGUUUUGUAUGAGUGUUCUUAAAUGGUGACAUUUCUGAGUUUUCAUUUAAUCAGAUAAGCAGAUGGUCUUGCACUAGUGAAAUUGUUAGCCUAAAAAAAGUUCAGUGGACAAAAACUGAGCCUAUUUGAUGUCAUGGAUCUUUCCUUCCAUUCAUACCAGUCUAAUUCAAUGUCUAUCCCUAACAGAUCGUGGUUCUUAGUAAUCGGUACCAUUUGAUGCUAAGAACGACUUGGAUCACAUGUAGACUUACUUUUGCCUGCAGUACGUUGUUGAUGCUUAAGGUCUGUGCCAUUCUUGUAUAUACCAUUUCCCUUCAUUAAAAGACAUGGUCAGUUACUCUAUCACCAGAGUUUCUUGUUUUCUGAUGGUGGUGUUCUUACAAAGUCAAACUGAAGUAGGAAUUGUUGAACACUUGUUUUGCUUGAGCUCGAAUCAAAAUGUUUUCUAAAGAAGUGAAAGUUUAUUUUUGCAAUUAUCAAGUGUACUUUUUAUGCUUGAAAUAUUUUCAGAAUGCUCUGUAACUUCAAUGCCUGAAGCUUCAUAUUUGUACAGUGAGUUGUAUGCCUUUGUUUUAAUAGUGACAUAAAAGCUAGAAGGGAGUUGGGAGGGUGGGGAACAAGUAGUUUUGAUCUGGGGUUUUUUUGGUGGAGGGACUGGAGUUGGAGGAUUUGGGGUUUUUUGAAUUGGGGUUUGCUUGUUUUUUUCUAUAAAAGCAUGAAAUAUCUUCAUCUUUUUUGGGGGCAAUAUUUGGGAUUGGUGAAGUUAAUGGAAGAUGUGUGUUAUCCAAUACACGUGAGACAGACAGAAAAGGUGUUUUGAGAAUUCGGAGCACUGUGGCUUCUUUUGCACAGACUGUCAGAUGUUGCACUGAUGCGGCACCUUCUGGAAGAGCAAAGUGCCUGUGUUGAAGGUUUGCACCAUGAUAAUGAAACCACAAUAGUCUCACACAGGCAAAUCUUUAAAUCUGCUUAAGUGUAGUCUUUAAAAUUCAGGUGAAGUGCGGGGAGGGACAUGGUUUGUAAAGUUUAGCUUCCUUCUGAAGUUGUAGAGUCAACAAUAUAAAUAUUCUGAGCUUGCCAGCAGAGUAUUAGUAAAACUAGGGAAAGCUGUGUUUGAUCAUUGGAUGACCAUUUAUUUUUCUGACGUUUAAAUGAAAGGGAUGGGGAGGAUGUUCUUUUCAUUUAAAAAAUCAGCACACACAAAAGCAGACCAACUGAAGAUCCUCCUUAAGGUCAGCUUUACAUCCAGCUUUAAUUUCCAGCUGGCAUAUGCAAAGGGUUCAUAACCCCCAUGUGGUUUUAGUUUGAAAUCCUGAUAUACACAUGGUAACCUGUCUCAAAAAUGACAAUAAAUAUAUAUUUCCAGCAGGAGAAA